GAACACGCGGCUGUCACCCGGUAAUCAUAGGAAAACAACACGAUUUUGGUUUCCGGGGAGGACAGCUAAAUUUACUUUUUCGGGUCGCGUUUUUACAAAGUUUUCCGGAAAAUCCAACUUCCGUCGUGUAAAUGGUUUGGCGACGAAAAGUGAAAAUUCACCUGCAACCUGCACGCACUAGUUACAUACGAUGGAAUUCUAUUGUUUCUUGAAGACGGUGGUGUGUAUUGUCUUUGUCAUCGGACCGGCUCUAUCCUUGGACAACGAAAUUCAAGAUGCAAACCAGCCAUUCUCUAAAGACAAGCUGUACUAUCCACCACCAAAGAAGCGAUUCUUUGACGACCUAGGACUGAUUCCCCAAUCGUGCAGGUUCAGAGGAGUGAAGUACGAAUGCGGCCUAAGCAUCAGCUGUGUCUUGGGAGGCGGCCGACCUCUUGAUCUGUGUUCUGGAGGCAUGAUAUGGGCAUGCUGCGUGGACAGAGAUGCCUCAGCAUACACGCCGGUUCACAGACCCACUAACGAAAUCGCUGUGUUGCAGAAUGCCAACACAUACCAUCUAGUAAGCCAUUACCCACCAACCCCUGUAGUGGAUGAUGGAGUGGACAGCAACACUGUGGACAGACCAUACAACCCCCCACCACCACCCAGGCCACCAAUAAGACCAUCGAUCCACAGUCGACCGCCUGAAGAUGACUACGAAGAUUAUAUGGACGAUGAUCAGAGGCCUUCGGCUCUGGAUGGUCCACCCAAUGUCAGCGGUUGUGGAGAACUGCACACCAGGACCAACAGGAUCGUGGGUGGUCACGCAACAGGGUUUGGGUCCCAUCCUUGGCAGGUGGCACUGAUCAAGACCGGGUUCUUGACAAAGAAGCUGGCUUGUGGAGGAGCGCUGCUUAACGAGAGGUGGAUUGUAACAGCAGCACAUUGCGUUGCAACGACUGCCAACGGGAACAUCAGAAUUAGAUUAGGAGAAUGGGACGUUCGAGAUCAAGAUGAAAAGUUACCUUAUGAAGAAUACACCAUAGAAAGGAAGGAAGUACAUCCCUCUUACUCACCGACCGACUUCAAGAAUGACGUAGCGCUUGUGAAACUAGAUAGGAAUGUUAAGUUUAAGCAGCACAUCAUACCCGUUUGCCUGCCAUCUCCCACGAUGAAACUAUCUGGAAAGAAAGCUACAGUAGCAGGUUGGGGCAGGACAAGGCAUGGGCAAGCGACAGUGCCUUCUACUCUUCAAGAGGUGGACGUGGAAGUAAUUCCGAACGAAAGGUGCCAAAGGUGGUUCAGAGCUGCCGGGAGAAGGGAGAUCAUUCAUGACGUGUUCUUAUGCGCUGGGUACAAAGAGGGUGGAAGAGACUCUUGUCAAGGAGAUUCCGGAGGACCACUAACACUCUCAGUGGAUGGAAGAAGAACCCUGAUUGGCCUUGUAUCAUGGGGUAUCGGCUGUGGAAGAGAACACCUACCUGGGGUUUACACCAAUAUCCAGAAAUUCGUACCGUGGAUGGAUAAAGUGAUGGGAUAAAAGUUAAUGAUCGCAACUGAAGUGAUGUAAACUUUGAUUAAUUUGGGUAGCUGAAUGACUGAAAGAUCAUGGUUGUGUAGUAUAUGAUGAUUCAUAAGUCAAUUCGUGACAAUUCAUAUAACAUAUUGCAUCAAAAACUACUAAUAGAACUUAAGAUCAUCUCAAAAUAUUGUUCUUGUUGUCAGUAUAUACGGCGAUUCAUUGUCCCAAAUUAGAUUUAGAUUAGAUACCUCGAAGUGAAGGACUGUGUGAAUACUGUUAUUUAUUUUGAAUGUAGUGUGUUAAGUUUCAACUUAUAUCUAACAUUCCUACACGGUGCUACAAGUUUCUCCAAUUUUCAUCCGAAAAGUCAACAACGUUUCUAAAAACACACCCUGGGUAUUUUAUCCCCAAUGUCAGGAAAUGCUAUCUAUUUGCACAAAAAGCGGUAUUCUAUAAAAGACGUUACGACCACAGCCCAACAGCCAUUUUGGUGACGAAGAAGUAUGAACUGAAUUUGAGUAUUUCUGAUGAGCUGAUUGUAUUCAAUACGUAUCACUUUUUUCGUAGAAGUUCUAGUUACCGAGAAAUAAGCGAUUUAUUUUUAGAAAAGUGUAAAAUAUGCUACUUUCGACCCCAAAGAUCAAUAUGGAAAAACAAAAAUGUUGAUGUCGUCAAAGUUCCUAAGUUCUAUCCAAAGACCGAUCUUAAAAAUUUAAAGCAUUUUAAGGGGUUAUGUUUAUUGUAAAACUGUUUUUCAGUUGAUCAAUGUAGACUUAUGAUGUGAAUGAUGAUUAUUAAAUGAUGCAUGACUAAGAAUAAAAAUAAAAAUGCUGUCCCUAAAAUGCUUUGGGACUUUGUAAGUGGUUGUCUAAGGCCCGUAUCGUCAGUCGUCCCUAUAAUUGUAGGGCGCCUUUAUGGCCUCCUUGAUUGUUAUAGUUUUCUACUUCUCCGUAUCAGCGCUCUAUUUUGAGGUUAUGUCACAAACAUCUAUUUGCAUCAAAUUGUGCUUGCUUUUGAGUUAUAUCAUGUUUUAUCAGCCUGAAAUUUCCUACAAUUUAAAAGAAAACAUAUCUUCACAAUAUGAGAGCGCUGACGCUGACACGGGACAAGUGUAAGCUAGAAAUUUUUGAAGGAGAGAAAGCAGUAUGACAAUCAAGGAGGCCAUACAAUUGUUGGGGCGACUGACGAUACGGGCCUAAGGGGCAUUAAGAAAUUUUAGAAACAGUAAAUUUCACGUUUUUUUUAUAAUGUUUUUGUGGGUCAGAAAUGGCAUAUUUUAUACUCUUUCAAAUAUUAUAUCUCUAUAUAUUCCUCGAAAACCAGAGCUAUUACAGGCAUUUUUCUUCACACUUAAGAAUAUCCGAGAUCAGUUGAUACUUUUUCAGCCCCAAUUUGUUAUUAAUUUUGUUGAGGUGUGAAUCAGUCAAAUGUUGUUAAUAUUUUGGAAUCGAUACUAUUAUUACAAAUAUUCAUACAAUCGCUGCUGGAGCGUAAGUAUUGCAUUCAUAUAUGGAUAAGAAUAUAACUGAUAACCCAGCAGAUAUUGAGAUUACGUAAAACGACAAAAUAUAACCAGGGUUUUUAGAUCCACACUAUGCUCAUUACCCUAACAAGUUUAGCAUCCUGUAACCCAACAUACAGACGCUUCAGAUAUGCACAACUGUAAGUUAUGGCCACAAUACUGACCACGUUGUCACAAGCCAAUGUUUGUUAUAGAUGCUUCGUAUAGUGGUGCGAUUCUGGCGCUCCAGUUGACACGUCGAUUCCGUUGACAUUUUUUCGAAAGGUAAUGCAAAAAUAUUUAUACUAUUUAUACUUUUACGAUACUUCCAGUUACUUUUCUGCACAUUCUUGUAAUUAUUUGUUCUUAUGCACCUCUUGUGAUGUGAGUUUAUACAAGAAUUGGAGCUGUAAAUCUGUAUCAGAUAAAGUUUUGUACUUGUAAAUGAUGAGCUCGUCUUAUUUGUGUUGUAAAGAUAAUAUUUGAC